ACAUCACAGCGAGCCAUUAGUUGCGAAAGACUUGCAACUAGCAUGAUCGAGUCAAACCAAACGCUUUCAACUUGAGUCUUUUGUGGAGAUCAGCGAAAAGCCUAACUCAUGGCUACUGCUACAGAGAAUUUAAAAGCAAUUACAGAGCUCACUCCAUCUUCUAGUGAGGAGGAUGCAAAAAACACCUACGAUUCUUGGGCUUCAUCUUAUGAAAUGGAUACUGAAAAACAUGGCUACAAAGGUCAUGUCUUAUGUGUAGAGGCUUUUAACAAAGCUAUGCAGUCAAAAGAUGUGUUCCCUCAUGCAAAUAAGAACAUCAAAAUCCUUGAUGCUGGAGCUGGUACUGGCAUUAUAGGCGAGAUGCUGGUUGAACAAGGCUAUACAAACAUUGAUGGCUUGGAUAUUUCACAGAAAAUGUUAGACAUAGCAGAAAAGAAGAAAGUUUACAAGCGGCUCAUUUGUGCUCCUUUGAGUGACAUUCGCGUAGAGCAAAUAAAGACUGCCGAGUAUGAUGUAGUGUUGUGUGCAGGGACCAUUGUUUAUGGGCAAGCGAAGCCUGUAGCACUGGAUGAGUGCAUACGUCAUGUAAGACCAGGUGGACUGUUUAUUUUCUCUAUCCGUGCGGACUCCUUCGAUCCAGUAGAGCUUGGUUACAGCCCCAAGUUUGAGGAGCUAGAGAGAUCAGGAAAAUGGAGUCUUGUGAACAGAGAACGACGUGAGCUGUACACUAACCCUGUUUUUGAACGCUAUAGAGACUGUUAUUUGAUCACUUACAAAGUGCUCAAAAACUGAACAAGAUGGGUCAAAGAGCUCAAAAAUGUUAAUUAUAGUGUUUCUGAUGUCAUGUGGCAGUGGUCAGUACCUAUGAAGUAAAAAAAUAAUUACUACCUAUUUGAAAGGCUUUUCAGAUUGAAGAAAUCUGAUGUUUUCCUUUUUGGAAUAUCUUCUUUCGUUUUAGAGAUAUUAAGUACGUUUUUGUAUUAUGCAAAUGAGGAAAGUGACGACGUCAUAAAUUGUUCCACUAAAACACUAAAAUACUGAAUCAAGAAUGUCUCUAGAAAUAUUACAGCAGUAUUCUUUAAACACGUACAUCACAAAAGAAACAAAAUGUAUAAACAAAACGUAAAUAUCUCUAAAAAGAAAGAAGAUAUUCCAAAGAGGAAAACGCCAUUCGUUUUUUUUGAAAAGCCUUUCAAAUAAGCAGCAAUUCAUACUUUUAAAUUGUUAUAUAUCGAUAUUUUUUACAGCAAUCAAAUAAAAAGAACAGUCAAAACACAAAACGUUGAGUUUGAGCGGUGUCAUGUGAGGAUAAUCAGUGACUAAUGAAGCGACAAAAUGGGCAGAGGUGACAUAUGUUAUUGUGGACAUGAUAACAGCUUAAAAGAAACUUUGCGUCGAAACUGGCGCUUCCAGUACCCAAGCAAGCUAGGAUAGAAAACAGCUUGUAGCCCUUUUGGAUCCUCCCGGUUGUCUACUUUUGGGUGAGGAACGCGCUCUCCAUUCCGUAACAUAAAACUUGCAAAACUUGCAUCCGCAGUGGAUACGCCCUUGUCAUCCUCCUCGGUCGACUGUAUCAGGAGUUUGAUCAUUCGUUUGGUAUCAAACAGAACACCCUCUCACUAUUAAAGAUAACACAUAGAUUUAGCCAAGCCUAAAAGGGGAGCUCAUGAUUGCAAUAAGUUAACCUGGCUUGAGCCUGCAAUCCAAUGGAAAGCUAAGCAGCGGUCAACAUUAAAGAAACACGACCUCUAUCAGCUCUAAACUUGAGCCUGUGUUAUGGUCACGUUAUACUGGUCAGCAAGAUACUAUGUUUUGACAGGUGUCGGUUGACCUUAACAUGGAUGUACGCUGUAAACCAAGACUGCAUGUCUCUGUCAACCUAUUAACCGGAGUAUGACCGCCAUCUUGCACGAAUUUGUCGUGCAUACGCGCCUACCAGCAAUUAUGUACAGGUAUUUGGCCUUCACUAUAUGUAUACAGCUGAACACAAUCAAAGGUUAUGAGGCAUGGGUGCAUUUGGUCAGCCGAGCCGAGAUAUGUUUUAAUAGCGAAGCGCACGAGUAACAUUAUAACUUAAUAAACAAAACGGAAUGGUGGAAGAUUUGAAGCUUUUUCAAGCGCGUAAACAAGUAUUCCUAAAGCAAUUUGUAAAACGAAAAUUUGGCGCUCAUUUUCCUCCUAUUUCUCUCAGAACACGCUUAUGUUGUCCGUCUACUGGGUUCCAAUAAUUUACAUUCUAUUUUUAGACUUCGCGCGCUUCGCUUAUUGACACAUCAUUGAGACUUAUUACACUAACUGUCCAAUUUCUCGCGCGCUGAUUGGCUCAUUUUUAUCACCAAUAAGAGUACAG